AGAUUUCGUUUCUUCGUCCUUUCAUUUUUCUCUCGUUAUCUCAGAUCUAGAAAAAGGCAGCAUCAAUUUCAGCGAACAUGGCGGGCAAGGGAGGGAAAGGGCUUGUAGCUGCAAAGACGAUGGCUGGUAACAAGGACAAAGACAAGGACAAGAAGAAACCCAUAUCUCGCUCUGCUCGUGCUGGUAUUCAGUUUCCAGUGGGCCGUAUUCAUAGGCAACUCAAGACUAGAGUUUCUGCACAUGGAAGAGUUGGUGCCACUGCUGCUGUUUACACGGCUUCGAUUCUUGAGUACCUAACUGCAGAAGUUCUUGAGUUAGCUGGAAACGCGAGCAAAGAUCUGAAAGUGAAGAGGAUAACUCCAAGGCACUUGCAGUUGGCUAUCAGAGGAGAUGAGGAGCUUGACACGCUCAUCAAAGGAACCAUUGCUGGAGGAGGUGUGAUCCCUCACAUCCACAAGUCUCUCAUCAACAAAACCACCAAGGAGUGAUCUGUUUCUUAAACCAUUGAGGUUCUGUGAUUUGCUAUAGUUAGUUGUUUAUGAUGUUUGUGUUUGUUUAGUGUCGGACUGCUUUUCCUUUUCUUAUUAGUUCCUUGAUAAAUGUUGCUCUCUCCUGGACAUCCUCAGGUGUACAUGAGUUAAUUUGAACUCUUAGGCUUCUCGUUUGAGCAAAUGUUAAAUCAGGAAAUGUUAAUUGGGUUGUAUUGAAGUUCCAUGCUCUUGUGAUUUGCUUCUGUCAAGUGACAAGUAAACCAUUUUCAGUGAUUUAUUGACCGAGGAGAUC